UGACGAGUACCAGUUAAGUGUUUUGUAGCAGGUGGCCCAAAGCAAACGAGCAAAAAUUUGCAGACGACAGACACGCAUUGUCAUCGAAAUUGGAGGCACGUUCGGCACCUCUACUGAAAAUUGACAAAACACACUUGCAAAAUAUGUGGCCAAAAUACGGCAUCUUCCCCUGAAGAUUUUCAGGCACGGCAACUAACUGUCUUCAGCAUUCAGCAUUUGCAUCAAUUGGACUUUUGCUACAUUAGUACUUCUUGUUGGGCCAUCUUUCCUCCAAUUCUGAUAUCAACAUGGGACAUUUUGUAGAACUUUUGCUGCUCUUCAGUUUGGCACUGGCUGGGCCAGUGUGCAGCUCAAACGACAGUCUUCCAAAGCAUCCCAAUUCACCAGGGUCCAAGGGUAGCAAAGGAAACAAGCUGGGACCGCAAGAAGACGGCUCCAAAGAAAGAACACAACCGGCUUUGUUUCGGUUAUCGCACGAUGGCUGGAGCCCCUGCCAAAGGCAAAACUUGACCUCCUGUGGACAAACGCUGAGAAACGUCAGUUGCAUUUACGCGCCGGAAAGCAGACAGGUUCCUAUGCAUUUCUGCACCUCGUUAGUAGAUUCCCAACCAAUGUAUCGGCCUUGUGGGUUUUGCCCGGAGGACUGCGCCAUGACCGUUUGGUCGGCCUGGUCGGAAUGCAGCUCCACGUGCUCACCGGCGACUAAGUUCCGGACCAGGAGGGUUCUGACCCCGCCCAGGCACGGCGGGCAGGAGUGCGGGGAGCUUGCGGAGAGGGAGGCCUGCUCAGAGUUGCCGGAUUGUGAGGUCGAGGUCUUGGUGCCGAUAUACACCUGGAAGAUUGGAGAAUGGAGCAGCUGUAGACAGGCUUCUCAGCAUGCUGCCAGUGGCUGCGGCCUCGGGCAGCGGUUUCGAUCCAUUUCCUGUGUGGACUCCCAAGGAGAAGUUGUCGACAAUGAUUUGUGCUCCCACGACCAGCAAGAUCCUCAGAAACGUGGGACCCAGCCCCCAUCGGCCGAGACCUGCCCGGUCCCCUGCGACUGCCUGACCUCGCAGUGGUCGGCCUGGGGUGCCUGCUCCCAGACCUGCCGGUUACCAGCCCAGGCCACUAGUCCCCCGGUGCAGACCCGCACCAGGGAGAUCGUGACCCUGCCUGAGAACGGCGGACUGCCGUGCCCGAGCCUGGAGGAACGCAAAGAGUGCGAGGGGGAUCCACUACCGGACUGCCCGCGUUUUGAGUGGGUCGCUGAGGAUUGGCAACCGUGCAGGUUAUCGCCAGACAGUGAUGGGACGUGCGGGGCAGGACGGCAGAAGCGGCAGGUGUACUGCAUCCAGGAAGGAGACGCAGACCGCAUCCCGGUCACGGCCGACAACUGCAUCAACUCACCCGUCAACUCCACGAGCCUGGAGCCGCCGACCAAGCGAGCCUGCUGGGUGGACUGCCCCGUGGACUGCCAGCUAGGGGAGUGGCAGAACUGGUCACCUUGUUCCCAAAGCUGUGAGGAGGGGAUCCAGGUGCGAGUCAGGGAGGUCCUGGUGCAGCCGGCCCACGGUGGGAAGGAGUGCGGACCGCUGGCUGAGGCCAAGGAGUGUGAAUUCGUGGAGUGCUCCUGGUGGCACACAUCACGAUGGAGCAAGUGCUUCCUGAACCGAGGCCAGACAGACUGUGGCCGGGGCUCCCACGUCCGCACUGUCUACUGCAUGAGUGCCCUGGACAGGCUGCUAGAAGAUGAAGAUUGUCCAGGGAGCUCUCCAGCUUACAACGAGGAUUGUCGCAUCCCCUGCCCGACAGACUGCGUCAUCUCGGAGUGGACGGACUGGGGCCCCUGCUCCAGGACCUGUGGGAAGAAAGGAGGCAUGCAGACAAGGACUAGACAAAUACUGGCUUACUCGGACAUGCCAGAGGACUCCUGCCUCCCCGAGAGCGAGCUGUCCCAGCUCCGCCCCUGCAACUUACACGUGUCCUGCCAGAGUUACACCUGGCAGGUCGGGGCCUGGCAAGGCUGCAUCGGCUCGGGUUCGGUGUCAGAAGCGGGAUGCGGGGAGGGCGCGGGCACCGAGCGACGGGAGGUCACCUGCGAGAAGGAGAGCGGCAUGGCACCAGACGAGAGCUACUGUGACCCGGCCUCCAAGCCGCUCGGGCAGCGGGCCUGCGACGUGCCCUGCCCUGUUGACUGCAAGCUGUCGGCCUGGAGUGCCCUCUCUAGUUGCAGUGAGACGUGUGGUCCGAAUGCUCAACGGGCGCAGCUGCAGAUAGUUGUCCGACUCCCAGCUCAUGGUGGAACUUCCUGCCCAAGCGAAGCGGACGAAGAUGGUCUCAUUAUCAGAAUGGAAUCGUGUGACAAUCUGCCUCCCUGCUACAGUUACCAGUGGUUUGCUGGGAACUGGACUGACUGCGAGGUGGUCGGCACUGACUGCGGUAAGGGCUUGCAGACUAGUGAGGUGCAUUGUGGGAGGAGCGACGGAACAACUGUGGAACCAGGUGUAUGCCUGCGUGAGUUGCUGUCCACGCCGCCCCCCUCCCACCAGCAGUGUCUGGUCCCCUGCGCCGGAGACUGUCUCCUCUCCGACUGGACGGUCUUUGGGCCCUGCGUCCACGACUGUGGCUACACGGAACACAGCGGGUAUUGCAGGAUGCGAUCUCGGACCAUCAUAAGUAUCGAUCCAGCCACAGACAAUGCAGAGGAACUAUGCCCUGACAUCACGGACUCUGACUUGAGGAACUACAUCCCAUGUGACGAUGUAACCUUCUCCUAUGAGUGGCAGAACGGUACCUGGCGGAGCUGUCUUCUCACAGAAGGUGUUGAGUGUGGUCCAGGCACCGCGCAUCGGAGCGUGCUCUGCCGGCGCAGCGACGGCACUUCUGUCCCUGAUCACUUCUGCCAGGCCUCUGCUGCCAUCAAGCCCAGCAUGCAGCAGAGCUGUGACGUCCCCUGUCCCAUUGACUGCAUUGUGUCUGAGUGGAUGGACUGGUCACCCUGCACACAGGCUUGCGGACAGGGUUUCAGGACCAGGAUGAGGGACAUUCAGCAGCAGAGUGCACACGGUGGGCGGGACUGCCCGCCCCCGAUUGACAGCAUGAUUUGCAUGGAGAUGCUGUGCGAUGAACUGGAGUGGGAGGUGUCACAGUGGGGUCCCUGUGAGUCCAUUGACCCACGCAGCAACUGCGGCAGUGGAGCGCAGACCCGCACAGUCUCCUGCAAGGCCGGGGAUAAUAUGGAAGAAGAGUGUGGCAAACGGUUCCCUAAGCCUGACGCCAGCAGGGGCUGCAUGCUGCCUUGCCCUGGCGACUGCGUAAUGACGGACUGGUCAGAUAACACCCCCUGCCCCUCCCCCUGCCAGCAGAACAGCAGCAGCAAGUCACAGAUCCGCUCAGUCAUCCGGCACCCGACGGCCACGGGGGAGCAGUGCGGGGACCUGACGCAGACCGUGCUGUGCACCGAGGCCGACUGCGCCGGCGACGGGGACCAGUACCGACUGGUGACUGGGGAGUGGAGCCGGUGUAAAGCCGUCAGCGGGGAAUGCGGCACCGGCAUUCGGCAGCGGACCUUCAACUGCGUCAACGCCCCUGGCUUUCCCGUGGCCACCCACCACUGCCGCUUCCAGAAUCUCUCCACGAGCGAGACCUGUCGCAUCCCUUGCCCCGUCACCUGCGAGCCCGGCAAGUACUCUGAUUGGUCCUCAUGCAACGCAACCUGCGGGCUGGAUCGGGUCAUGACCAGGUCAAGGGUCGUGGAGGGCUACCCGGGGGAGAAGUGCUCCAAUAAGGUCACCUUGAGUCAGACGAUGCCGUGCAACUCACUGCCGUGUCACACCUACACGUGGGAGCGGAGUUUCUGGAGCGAGUGCAAGUUUGAGACGGAGAGAGGAUGCGGCUUUGGUGAGCGCACACGUUUCGUGGAGUGUCUGCGUAGCGACGGGCUGACAGUGGACCAUGAGUUCUGCAUAGUACAAGAAUAUCCAGAGUCACGGAAUCCAGACGUCAUGAACCAAAUCCUGUCCGGUGUCAAUGAGACGGUGCUAGACAUUGAGACGUCGCAGCUCUGUGUGAAACCCUGCCCUGGAGACUGUCUGAUGUCAUCCUGGAGUCCUCGUUCCUCCUGCUACGGGUCCUGCUAUUCUCACAGUGAGCCAUCCUUCAUGACACGGUCCAGGGCAGUGACUAGGCCUGCCAGGCCCGGCGGAGUGGCUUGCCCUGAAAAUCUCAUUGAUCAAAGGUCAUGUCCAGCAGAACAAGCCAUCUGCCCCAACUUCACCUGGCAGACUGGCGCCUUUGACGCAGAGACAAGAACCAGGGAUGUCUGGUGCCAAAUACAAGAUGGGACCAUGACCCUGACUGUGACAGGAGGGUGUAUUGAGGCUUUGCGGCCUUCGUCGGUACUGGACUGUGACCCACAAUGCACUGCUCCAGGCUCCCUCUGUGACGAGGGUAGAUGCCGUUGCAAUGAGGGAUACGAAGGCAAUGGUCACCUGUGCUUCCCGGUCAGCGGCUGUGUCACCGAUGACCACUGUCCACUCCCCCACACCCUCUGUGACCGUCACGGCCAAUGUGCCUGUCGGUCCGGAUUCACGCCCGACGUCGUGUCGGGACUGUGCGUGGAGUCCAAUGUCAUUCCCGAUGGUGACAGGCAUGCUGGACCAACCAGUUCCGGACCGGGUGAUGGUAAUAACGACGUGCAACAGUACGAGGGCAAAUCUGACAUCUGGAAGUGGAUCCUCAUCGCCAGCGUUCUCAUCCUCCUGCUCCUUGUGAUCAUCGUCGGUGUCUUCAUCGUCAGGAGACGGAGAGCCAGGGAGGUGGGCUUCAUUCCCAUCCCUACCAUCAGCAGCGACUCAGACUUCCAGCUCAGCAAGAUGGUCAAAGAAGUCGUCACCAAGUGUUGACGAACGGACCGAUGACAAAACCGGUGACAAAACAGAGGAAGGGUUGGUGAGAUUGUUUAAUUCAUGUUUAUUUUUUGUAUUUAAAAUUUAUUUAUCAAAUGUCUAUUGUGAGGAAUUAUUAUAGAAUCCGUGUAUAUAGAAGGUUGAAAACAGAAACUGACUGACGUGGGACGUGAAACUGUAACCACUGUCAAAAUUUGAUGUCCAAAUCUGUUUUCAGGAUCUGAUGUCAAAUCUGGUGUCAGAAUCUGAGAUCCAAAUCUGGUGUCAGAAUCUGAUGUCUAAAGCUAGUGUCAGAAUCUGAUGUCAAACUAAGCUGGUGUCAGAAUCUGAAGUCAAAAUCUUGUGUUAGAAUCCAAGGUCCAAAUCUGGUGUCAGAAUCUGAUGUCGAAAGCUGGUAUAAGAAUCUAAGCUCACUAAAUGCUAGUGUCAGAAUCUGAGGUCCAAAUCUGGUGUCAACAUCUGGUGUCAGAACCUGAUGCCAAAAUCCGGUGUCAGAAUCUGAUGUCAAAACCUAGUGUCAGAAUAGAGGUCCAAAUCUGGUGUCAGAAUCUGAGGUCCAAAUCUGGUGUCAGAAUCUGAUGUCGAAAGCUAGUGUCAGAAUCUGAUGUCAAAAGCUGGUGUCAGAAUCUUAGCUCAAAAUCUGGUGUCAGAAUCUGAGGUCCAAAUCUG